UAAACAAUAACAAAUUGUCAAAUAAAUUUUCUUUGAUAAUACAUGUGUUUUUAGUGAAAUGGCCGAUUUAAAGAAAGAUUUAGACGAGUACUUAUUGUUGCAAAACGAUCAAAAGAAAUCGUUUAAAUUGCAACUGCCGUUGAUACAAAAACCCAAUUUCUCGGCUUGGUUCAAAAAGGAAGAAGCCGAUGAUGGUAGUUGGUUUCAGGAGACGAAAAAGGAUUGUUGUCCUAGUUUGUCACGGUUUCAAAGAAUUACCGGCUUUUGCUUAUGUAUAAUAAUGGGAAUUUUAUGUUUUACCCUUUCCGCAAUGUACAUUCCAGUCUUAUUGUUUAAAGCAAGAAAAUUUUCUUUGUUGUUUACAUUAGGAAGUUUAUUCUUUAUUAUGAGUUUUUCAUUUCUAUGGGGACCAAUGGCACAUUUAAAACAUAUGUUUUCGAGGGAACGUCUUCUUUUAACAUUAAUUUAUGGAACAACUCUCGUGGGUACUUUAUAUUUCGCCUUGCAUCUGCAAAGUACUCCUUUUACGGUAUUAUUCGCCGUCGGACAGAUUGUAACCUUGCUUUGGACUGUUAUUUCUAGCAUACCAGGUGGGGCAACAGGUUUAUCAUUUUUUUCAAAGAUGUUUUCAAAAACUGUUAGUACAACAUUACCUGUUUAAGAUUGUUUUAAUUUUUAUUGUAAAUCUUUUUCAUGUGAUUUCUUAUUUAAUAAAAUACGUAUUUUAUUUA